AUGAAAGGUAAAAGAGAUUUUAAAAAUCAGAAAGGAAAGAAGAAUUCAUCUUUCAAAAAGGGUGGAAAGAAAUCAAAGAAAGAAGUAAAUAACAAUAGCUCGACACUCGAGAAUGAAGAGGAAGAUCAAGGCGUUAGUAAAUCAUUUGUAUUUAGAAGAGGCGAUUGCAAUAAGCUGGUGAAGCAGCUCGUUCAAGACUUUAGAAAGGUGAUGGAACCAAACACCGCCGCCAAGCUGAAAGAGACACCGACCAACUCCACCAAGGAUUUCGUUAACGUGGCAUCGUUGUACGGUGUCACUCAUUUGGUGGCAUUCUCCAACACCGACAUCGGUACCUACGUAUCGAUCGGUAAAACACCAAAGGGACCAACCAUCACAUUCAAAGUCAAUCAAUAUUCGCUGGUUGCCGAUGUCACCAAAGCGAAAAUCAAAUCGAGCACCGCCAGCAGUCUAGAUUAUCUAACCGCACCACUCGUUGUACUCAAUAACUUUACCAAAGGUGUACCACAUCUCGAAAUGAUGUCUACGAUGUUACAAGGUUUAUUCCCAUCUAUCAAUGUAUUAACUUUACAACUUGCUAAAUGUAAAAGAAUUGUAUUGUUUAAUUAUAAUAAAGAAGACGGUACUGUUGAAUUUAGACAUUAUAAGAUUAGAGUUGCUGAAACAGGUAUUAGUAAAAGUAUUAAGAGAGUUAUUCAAUCAAAGGUACCGGAUAUUUCAAAGUUGGAUGAUAUUAGUGAUUAUGUGUUGGGUGGAACUGGUGAGAGUGAAAGUGAUUACGAAGAUGCAAACGAAGGAAAGAUCGAUAUUGAUUCAAAGUUUUUAGAUACAAAAUCUAAAAAGACUAUACAAUCUAAUCAAAAGGCAAUCAAACUUGAAGAGAUCGGUCCAAGAAUGACAUUGGAUCUAAUUAAAGUUGAAGAUGAUCUAUUUAAGGGUGGUGUUUUAUAUCAUAAAUUUGUUUCAAAGACUGAACAAGAGAUUGAAGAAUUGAAUAUAAAGAAACAAGAUGAAAAGAUCGAGAAACAAAGAAGAAUCGAUGAACAAAACAAGAAUGUUGAAGACAAGAAGAAGAAAGACGAAGAAAAGAAAAAGAGAAAGUACAACCAAGACAAGAAGAACAUUAAGAAGUUUGCAAAUGAAGAUGAUGGUGAGGAAGACGAUGAUGAAGAGUGGUACAGACAGGAAGUCGGUGAAGAACCAGACGAAACCUUCAAAUCCGGUUUGAGAAAUGGAAGAGAUCGUAGAGCUCCACGUAAUUUCAAAAAACAAAGAAAAUAA